UUCGCGAUAAUUACUCAUCCCACGAACUGCACGACGGGAAAACUAAGAACGAUGGCGGCAGCUUCAAGUGGUCAGUCCUUCGGUCCCUUCAAGGCAACACAGAUCUGGAAUGGAAUCAUCCACCACCUCCAGGAGCACGCAAAUGUGCGGAGACACCGGCGGGGUCUGAAGUACCAUCAACACUGCUUCACAGGCGCUGAUGCCGUCAGUGUGCUGCUCAUGUAUCUGCAGGACAACAGUUUUCAGUUCGGGGCCUGCGAUAUCACCAGGAUGAAAGUCAUCAGAUUGUGUCAGGACAACAGUUUUCAGUUUGGGGCCUGCGAUAUCACCAGGAUGAAAGUCAUCAGAUUGUGUCAGGUACGUACUCAAUGUUUCACGUUAAUCCAAGAGACAGACAUGACAAGAUUUGUCUCAGUGGCAGUUGGUGCUGUCGGUGUGCUGCUCAUGUACCUACAGGACAACAGUUUUCAGUUCGGGGCCUGCGAUAUCACAAGGAUGAAAGUUAUCAGACUGUGCCAGGUGCUGAUGGACAAUGGAGUGUUCCAGCCUGUGGGUAUGAAGGCAAAGUCCAAGGGGAAGUCUCGACCAUUCGAUGACAGCAACAGCAAACUAUACAGGUUCACAAAAGCCAGUAAGUCGGCAGAUGGCAAGGAGAAUGUGGCAAUGUCAAGUGAAGACAGCCAAUCAGACGAGGACGAAUCAGGUGUGAUCCAGAACACCCUCGCCAUGGCAACCAGUGACGAGAUCCUACGCGAGCUGUUCGGCGAGACGUACAGCCAAGAGACCGAGUCCAUCUGGUCUUCCACCAGCAGUUUGGCCAGCAAUGGCUCAUCCUGUAGUAUAUCCCACGCAGACCUUUCAGUCCUAGACGAGGUUUGGAAGGAAAUGACCCUGGUGAAACUCCUGACCAUUGUGGAGCUCCCCCUGUUGGACGGCAUCCUCAGCAUGUGUAGCGAAGCCAAGCAGCACCGACUCAGCAUGCGGCGAGGCCUGGUCAUCUCCAACACCUGUACGGCAAGCUCGGAUUCUGACAGCGACAGCAUCAAUUAUUUCUUGACCCAUGACCCCUGGAUAACCUCUGGCCUGUCGUGUCUGGACUUCAUGCCGGAGACGAUCGGGAUGAAGCUUAGCGACACCGCGGCCGACACGCGCGAAUGGAAACUCUCCCUCUACCAGGCCAUCGCUGAUCACUACACACACCUGCAUGAGCCUCUGCUGACCAAUCGGCUGUUUGAUGUACAUGUGGCUGUCCUGGGCCUGAUUGACUGCACCCACAUAGACAAACCUCUGCUGACCAAUCGGCUGUUUGAUGUACAUGUGGCUGUCCUGGGCCUGAUUGUGAAGAGUAAGCUAGCCCAGGCAGUGAAGGCCCUACAGCUGGUGCUGCUGCUGCUGCCUUCUGAGAGCAGGGAGGAGCUGAGGAGGUUACUGCGCUUCAUGGCUCUGUGUUCCACCAACACACAGCUUCUGUUUCACAAUAAGUGUGACAACAGAACAUCCAUCCGUCGAGCCUUCACCAAGGCUGUCGUGCGAAACCCUGUUCUCGGCAAGGGCCAGACCGAACAGCUUGUCAUGUACAUGGUGGACAACCACCGCGAGAUCUUCCAGAUUCCUCCCGACCUCAAGGAAGCUGUUGAGAUGAAAAUCCAGUCCUUACGCGCAGGGGCUAAACCUGAAGACAUCCCCCUAGGUAAGGUUGCAGGGAGGAACCCCUCUUUGCCAGCAGUAGGAUUCUGCAAGCGAAUCACGAUACAGGAGUACGAGGCUCAGGCAAUCACGGAGACGGAGAAAGCGCUGGUCGACAUGAUGAACGGCAUCCUGGACCACACCAAGAUGACUGUCAAGGAGAAGCAGCGCCGCUUGAACGACUUCUGGAGACACCAUCCCAAGAUUUACGCCAAAUUCUUCUCUGGUAUGAUGUGAGGGAGCAGUUUUUGUUCUCACCAUGAGUUGACCA